AGUUAGCGGCCAAGCUGGUGAUUACGGAAGUAGCUGUCAAAUAGGACUCAAAUAAAUAAAUAAAGGAUUAAUCUCGGAUUACCACCUGUGCAAGCCUGCAUCUUUUCCCACAAUGUCUCGGCAGUCCAACCGAUCAACAGACAGCAAAAAGAUGAACUCUGAGCUGUUCACUUUGACCUAUGGAGCCCUGGUCACCCAGCUUUGUAAAGACUAUGAGAAUGAUGAGGAAGUCAACAAACAGUUGGACAAGAUGGGUUAUAACAUUGGGGUGCGUCUGAUCGAGGACUUCUUGGCACGUUCCAGUAUUGGUAGAUGUCAGGAUUUCCGAGAAACGGCAGACGUCAUCGCCAAGGUUGCCUUUAAGAUGUACCUGGGAAUUACUCCAAGUGUGACCAACUGGAGUCCAGCAGGAGACGAGUUCUCACUCAUUUUAGAGAAUAAUCCACUGGCUGACUUUGUAGAGCUGCCAGAUAACCACAACACACUCAUCUACUCCAACCUGCUGUGUGGAGUCCUCAGAGGAGCCCUAGAGAUGGUCCAGAUGGCGGUGGAUGUGAAGUUCGCCCAGGACACUCUCAGAGGGGACAACAUCACAGAAAUCCGCAUGAAGUUCAUUAAGAGGAUUGAAGAGAACCUUCCAGCCGGAGAGGAGUAAAGAUCUAAAAAACGUUUCUUCUGAGACAACUAAUUUAUACAAGGAACAACUAAAGAACAUCAGCAAAGCCUAACGGACAUUUCUUCCUUGUAGCUUAACGUGUUUGAGAAGUUAUGUGUGAACUACGGACUGUAUAUCAAGAAUUCUAGACAUCUGACUGGAACAUGGAAGUUGAAGUUUGUUGAAUCGACACAUUGGAAAUUUGUCGCUACCCCUCAUUUAUUAAAAAAACAAAAAGUUAUG